ACCACGGUGUGCCUUGAAGUAAUUGGUCUUGGUACAAAUAUCAAUAUCUUGACUCUCUCCUUAUUGGGGCCCGUUUUGUAUAUUAUUUCCACAGGUUCACCAGGAGAAAAUUCCACAGUCGCCCCAGAAAAUUCAUCAGGUGAGGCUAUAGGGCUGUAAAGGGUGAUUCAAUAUGGCACUAGAAUGGAUAAACAAAUUAAACCUUUAAAAAGUAUCAUAAUUUGUAGCAAUAACACUUUUUUGACGCAGUGAUAAGUAAAUAAAUAAAUCUCCCAUAGGUAUAAUUCAUCAACGGGAAUGAUUUGUUUAGAUAUUUCACACCGUCAGACACUUAGUUUCCAUAAAUCAGCUGUUUCUUGAAGUUCAACUGAAUGAUAAUGCACGUACAAAAGGUAUAAGAAAGUAAUUAGUCCUUGUCUUAAGCUGGAGUUUCCAAGGGAGCCAGCACGAAUUCUAUUGCAGGUUAAUCUAGAACCUGGUGCUGUCGUCCAAUAUUUACUUGGUUGAUCAUUUUUCGUAUUCUAUCGUUAAUUACUACGGAAAGUUGUUAUGUCAACAUGAAAGACAGACCGGACUGGUGCGAGCCUUUGAUCACACUGCCACGAGUAGUAGCACAGAAACCUAUCCGUUUUUAUGACGAUCUACUUUUAAGAUCGGCGUGGCGCAGACUUAAGCUCUGUUACAGAAACGUCUCUCAAAUUACCAUUUUAUGCGUGGACAACCCUAUCAGAUGUAUUGCCAGUUUUGUGCUGGCGCGAGAGUGAUCCGGUAAAGCAUAAAGCCUAAAUUAUUAUAUUUUCUUCACUCAGCGACUAUUUGCUUCAACGAUGGUAUUGGUGUUGCCGAUAGAAACGUCUUUCUUGAUACACAGAUGUUUAGCCAUUCAGAAGAGAGCAAUUACUCAAGGGCUAGAUAUGGUCGACUUAACCUAACCGAUGGGCAUGGCUGGUGUUCAAGGAACGACUCGUGGGUUGGGUGGCUUCAACUUGACCUGGGGGAAACAUUUGAAAUUUGUGGUGUUGCCACCCAGGGUGGGACGAGGCCAUUAUACCAGGUUGCUACCUUCACGCUGUGGUAUUCUAACGACACGGAACAAUGGAGAUCGUAUCGGGAUAAGAAUGGCUCUAAGAUGGUAAUGCUCACUAAUUUGAUUUAUUUUGCUGAUAUUUAUACAGGAAUGCCAGUAGUAUCGAAA